CGUAAUGGUAAAGUAGCCAUUUUGAAGCUGUCAAAACGAUUCUUGCCAUUUGAUUGUGUGCGGUAUCUGUUUCCUCGAAUUUUGACAUUCACUUUUGAUUACUAUUCAAUUUUUAUGCUGUUGGUUACUCACGCCGUAAACGGUGUAUUUAAUUGUAAACGUAAAGAUGCUUUAAAAGUCAAGCGAAUGUACAACUGAUAUUUAUCACUGUUCUGUGAGAAAAAUGUUGAAGUUAGCUGCUGCGAAUUUUUCCAACGUCGUCCCAAGUAAUUUCUCAAUGAUUGUUUAGUACUGUCAUUUACCGAUUCGUUUAAGCCUGUUCAAGUUAUUUAAAAAGAAAAUAGUAUAGCUAUACGCAAAAUUGAGAAAAUGGCGACAGAUAUCGAGGAAUCAGACACGGAUGAUCAUGAAAGACCUGCUCCACCUAAACGACAAUGCACACGACUUGUUCAGGCCGUCGAAACCACUUGGGAUAUGGAUAAAAGUUCAAAUGAAAAGGAAGAUAUGACACAAGAAACGGAGAACAUAGAAUAUGAUGAGGUGGAAAGGCUGGCCAGAGAAAAGUUAAAAAGAUGGCAAGCUUGUCAGGUGGCUAAGGGAUACGUGGAUAACACCAUCAACAAAGUAUUGGAGAAUUAUAUUAUGGGAACAUCAACCUCCUAUUCUCUGGAGGAAUCUAGAUUUCAGUUGUUCAGAGGAAAUGACAUGGAAGAUACUGCAGUUAUGAUGGCAAUUCGUAAUCAUGGUCUAGUUCAAUCUGCAGAAAUUGUCUCUCAAUCCAGUGCUUUUUACAGUGACAAAGCUCCAGGGUAUUGGACCAAUAAUGAGUACACUAAUGUGCAUUGUUCCUGCCCCUCGAAUCGCAUCCAAGGUAUUGGCAACUUUGAAGAUUCUGUAGCUACUACAUCUACAGAUUCAUUGAGACUGAGCAACUCAAAGAGCUCAGAAGAAUAUAAUAGACUUGACUGGGACUUGGAUACAAUAGAUGAGAAUGAUCAGCAAGAGAACUUUUUAGAGAGAGCUGUAGCUGAAGCAAUUAAGAAAAAGGGGCUCAGUGCUCUCAGUGUUGACUAUGGUUGA